CAUCUAUGAUCCUCAAAUAUUUGUGUGGAUGGAUGAGACGGGUUGCGAUCUGAGGAACACUACGUAAAUAUGGAUACAGCUAAUGCGGCAUUCCAGUUUGUGACUACCGCCUGCUAGUUUGAGGAAAUCCAUCCUCUGCAAUACAAACCACCACGAAAGAUGCUGUUUUUGGCAGAUGUCUCUAUGAAAAUAAAGCCCACUUGGAAAUACAAGAUAUAGACUCUGCAUUUUACGCAAUGUGAUUGGUCAAUUAAACAAGGUGACAGCGUCAGGUGAUACUACCAUUGGCCAGUGGGAUGUAGUUAGGGGUGAGUCAGUUGCUACCUACAAGUCUCACACAGGCAGUGUAAAAAGUGUCGAUGUAAAGAGAGAUGAACCAACUAUGUUAGUGUCAGGAGGUAGGGAUGGCAGCAUAUAUGUGUGGGACACACGGGUGCUCCUCCAGAGGCUCCAGGCAUCGACCUGUGAAUCAUGUUCGAAUGGCACAUAGAUGGACAAGAGCAUCUCCACCAGCAAAAAAGAGAAGAUGCUCAGUCACAAAAACUGCACAAACCUCAGAUUUACAGUAUGGCGUCACAUCAGUACUUUUCCAUGGCCUUCACAAGGUGGCAUCAUGUGGAGCUGCAGAUGGGAGUGUAAAGUUGUGGGAUUUGAGGAGAACCUACAGUAUAUGUAGGCUAGAGCCUCCUCUCAGCUGGUACUCAUUCUCUCCUGUUGGAGAAUCUGGAAGACGAUUCGGGUUUACCUCACUGACAUCAGAUCCCUGGCAGAGCUCUUUGUUUGCUUCCUGCACUAACGACAUAAUUUACCAGUACAGCACCUCCAUGCUCAAAUCAGACCCAGUUGGUGCUUAUGGUGGUCACAAAAACUCUACAUUUUAUGUGAAGUCAACAGUCAGUCCAGAAGGAAAGUACUUACUCUCUGGAUCAAGCUGCAGUCGGGUAUUCAUCUGGUACCUUGAUGAGCCACACCAACCUCCCACUGUGCUCAAUGGACACAGCAAGGAGGUUACUGCUGUUUGCUGGAGCCCUGCCCUUACUGAAGUUGUGACCUGUUCUGACAACAAUGACUUGAGAUUAUGGAGAAUCAGGCAGAGCAGAAAUAAUGCCCCAGUAGAGGAUUUGGUAGGAACUGCAGGUGUCUAUCAUGGGGAAGGUAAAGUCGAACCGCGCAAGGCACACUUUGGGGGUCCUUGUAGAGAGCUUAUCCUUCCUAGAGAGGGUCUCUAAAAUGUUCAUAUCCCUUCCUAACCAGUAGCUUACUAACACUUUUUUGACAUGAUAAUGGUAAAGUUCUGGUGUUAUGUACAUGGUGUGGUCGCUUCUACAUAUUCGUCUGUUAGAAAGUGGCAGCAAUGCCCAAGGGGAUGACCAAAUUCUGCAUUUUCUCUAUAUGAACAAAUUGGCAGCUUGUUUGCUCUUAGAUGUAUCAUUUGGGGAUCUAGUUUUAUCAGGCCUUGUCAAACUGCCAUAGUAGAGUGUUGCUUUUUCACACACUAAGUUUUCAGGGGCACAAUAGUUGUGGGUGACUCUUCUUGUGGCUUAGCAGUACCUUAAUUGUGAAUGAUUCUCGAAGCCAUCCCAGUUUGCACAACUCUACUAUGCGCAGUUUGACCAGACUCCCCCUUUCUACUCAGUAGCCAGACUGUUAGAGAGACACAUUGUAUUGUUCAAAGGUUAGUGGUGUCCUUUCGGUUUGCAAUCAGGGGC